UUUUUCUUCUGUUCUAAAUAGUGUCUAAUGCAAUGUGCAGGAGAGUGCGUCUCUAUGUUUAAAAAUAAGACAAAUGAGGAAUCGAGAAUUAAUUCUUUGAGAAGUAUGAUCCAUCUAUGUACAGAUUGCUUGUGUAACUGUACCAAGCAAAAUGCAAAUAAAAUUGCAUCUGGCUUUUUCCUACGAUUGUUGACAUCAAAGCUGAUGAAUGACAUUGCAGAUAUUUGUAAAAGCUUAGUGUCCUUUAUGAAAAAGCCAGCUGACUAUGGAGAAGUAGAAUCAGUGGAAGAUAACAUUGAUGAAAAUCUGUUGGAGGUGAAGGAUCCUCCAUCCCUGGAUCUGUUUAAUGAUUACACUGCUAAUAGUAUGAGUGAUGCAAAUGAUUCUGGAGAGAGCCAGAGUACUGUAGGUGCUGUGAAUCCAUAGCUGGAGAACAUCUGUCAAAGCAAGAUAUACUUCUUUUAGACAUGCUCAAAUUUUUGUGCAUGUGUGUAACUGCAUCUCACAUUACUACUGUGUCAUUUAAAGCAGCUGAUAUUCGGAGAAAAUUGUUAGUGUUAAUUGACUCUAGCACACUAGAUCCUGCUCAACCUCUCCACCUACACAUGUAUCUAGUGCUAUUAAAGGAGCUUCCUGGAGAAGAGCAUCCUUUGCCAAUGGAUGAUAUUAUUGAACUUCUGAAGCCGUUAUCCCAUGUGUGUUCAUUGUAUCGUCGUGACCAAGAUGUUUGUACAACAGUUUUAAACCAUGUCCUUCAUAUAGUGACAAACCUAGAUCAAGGCCAACUGGACUUUGAAAACACAAGGGAUGCUCAAGGACGACUCCUUACAGUGAUUGGAGCAUUUUGGCAUCUAGCAAAGGAAAAGAAAUGCACAUUCUCAGUAAGAAUGGCUUUAGUAAAGUGCCUUAAAGCCCUGCUUGAGGUUGAUCCAUAUUCAAAAUGGGCUAUUCUUAAUGUAAUGGGAAAAGACUUCCCUGUAAAUGAAGUAUUUCCACAAUUCCUUGCUGAUGAUCAUCACCAAGUUCGCAUGUUGGCUGCAGUGUCAAUAAAUAGAUUAUUCCAAGACAUGAAGCAAGGAGAUUGUUCCAGAUUACUGAAAGCGCUUCCUCUGAGACUUCAACAAACAGCUUUUGAAAGUGCAUACUUGAAAGCUCAGGAAGGAAUGAGAGAAGUGUCCCACGGUGCUGAGAACCCUGACCUUUUGGAUGAGAUUUAUAAUAGAAAAUCUGUUUUACUGAUGACGAUAGCUGUGAUUUUAUACUCUAGCCCUAUCUGUGAAAAACAGGCUUUGUUUGCCUUAUGCAAAUCUGUGAAAGAGAAUGGAUUAGAAUCUCACCUCGCAAAAAAGGUUUUAGAGAAAGUUUCUGAAACUUUUGGAUACAGACGUUUAGAAGACUUCAUGGCUUCUCAUUUAGAUUAUCUGGUUUUGGAAUGGCUAAAUCUUCAAGAAACUGAAUACAGCUUAUCUUCUUUUCCUUUUAUUUUAUUAAACUACAGAAAUGUUGAGGAUUUCUACAGAUCAUAUUACAAGGUUUUGAUUCCACAUUUGGUUAUUAGAAGUCAUUUUGAUGAAGUGAAGUCCAUUGCUAAUCAGAUUCAAAAGGAUUGGAAAAGCCUUCUAAUAGACUGCUUUCCAAAGAUUCUUGUAAAUAUUCUUCCUUAUUUUGCCUAUGAGAGUACACCAGACAGUAGGAUGGCACAGCAAAGGGAGACUGCAACCAAAGUCUAUGAUAUUCUGAAAAGUGAGAACCUAUUGGGAAGACAGAUUGAUCAUUUAUUUAUUAGUAACUUACCAGAGAUUGUGGUGGAACUAUUGAUGACGUUACAUGAACCGGCAAUUUCUAGUGCCAGCCCAAGCACUGACCUCGGUGACUUUUCAGGGGAUUUGGAUCCUGCUCCUAAUCCACCGUAUUUCCCAUCACGUGUUAUUAAAGCAACAUUUGCCUACAUCAGCAAUUGUCACAAAACCAAGUUUAAAAGCAUUUUAGAGAUCCUUUCCAAAAGCCCUGAUUCUUAUCAAAAAAUUCUUCUAGCCAUUUGUGAGCAAGCAACUGAGACCAAUAAUGUUUAUAAAAGGCACAGAAUUCUUAAAAUAUAUCACCUAUUUGUUAGUUUACUACUGAAAGACAUAAAAAGUGGCUUGGGAGGAGCAUGGGCCUUUGUUCUUCGAGAUGUUAUUUACACUUUGAUUCACUCUAUCAACAAAAGGCCUUCACGUUUCAUGGAUGUGACAUUACGUAGCUUCUCUCUUUGCUGUGACCUAUUAAGUCAGGUUUGCCAGGCCGCGGUGACUCACUGUAAGGAUGCAUUAGAAAACCAUCUUCAUGUUAUUGUUGGUUCGCUUAUACCCCUUGUGGAUAAUCAGGUGGAAGUUCGGGAACAGGUAUUGGACUUGUUGAAAUACUUAGUGAUAGAUAACAAGGAUAAUGAAAACCUCUACCUCACGAUUAAGCUUUUAGAUCCUUUUCCUGAACAUGUUGUUUUUAAGGAUUUGCGAGUUACUCAGCAGAAAAUCAAAUACAGUAGAGGACCCUUUUCACUCUUGGAGGAAAUUAACCAUUUUCUCUCCGUAAGUGUUUAUGAUGCACUUCCACUGACAAGGCUUGAAGGAUUGAAAGAUCUUCGCAGACAACUGGAGCAGCAUAAAGAUCAGAUGAUGGAUCUUAUGAGAGCAUCACAGGAUAACCCACAAGAUGGGAUUGUGGUGAAGCUAGUGGUCAGUUUGUUGCAGUUAUCCAAGAUGGCAGUAAACCAGACUGGUGAAAGAGAAGUUUUAGGUAAAUGAAUGUGAAUUCUUUUAUUCACAAGUGGUCAUAUUUUUUGGUUUAUUUUUAUUUAUUUUGAGACAGGGCUUUCUUCAAUACCCCAGACUCACCUUGAACUCACUAUCCUGCUGCCUUAGCCUCGAAAGUGCUGGGAUUACAUGUGUGUACCACCAUGCCCGUCUAGAGUGGUCAUCUUUAUAAUGUCCUCAGAAUAAUUAAAAGUUUGUCCUUGAUAUUGGGGAAAUCUGAGAUAUAAGUUAAGUUAUAUUUCUGUUUAAUUUAGGUAUGCUUAAGCAAUUUCACUUCUGUAUUUUUCUUCCUUAUCAUAUAAAAUGAAAAGUUAGUAAUUCACAUUUAUGGAUAACUAUUAAUUAAAAAAUGCCUUAUAAAUAUUUAUA